GCUUCUGAAUAUAAAAGGAAAUCUCUUCCCUUCUUCGCUGCAUUUCUCGUUCUGCAACGGCGAGGGAGGAAGACAACGACUGGGCGACGCGAUGGUGUCGUUGAAGCUUCAGAAGAGGCUUUCGGCCAGUGUUCUCAAGUGUGGGAGAGGGAAAGUCUGGCUCGAUCCUAAUGAGGUCAACGAAAUCUCCAUGGCCAAUUCGAGGCAAAACAUAAGAAAGCUGGUGAAGGAUGGAUUCAUCAUCAGGAAGCCAACCAAGAUACACUCUCGCUCACGUGCACGCCGGAUGAAGGAGGCCAAGAGAAAGGGACGUCACUCUGGUUAUGGUAAACGGAAGGGUACACGGGAGGCAAGGUUGCCAACAAAGAUUCUCUGGAUGAGGAGGAUGCGUGUGCUCAGGCGCUUGCUCCGCAAAUAUAGGGAAGCAAAAAAGAUUGACAAGCAUAUGUAUCAUGACAUGUACAUGAAGGUUAAGGGUAAUGUUUUCAAGAACAAGCGUGUGCUAAUGGAGAGCAUCCACAAGUCAAAGGCUGAGAAAGCGAGAGAGAAGACAUUGUCUGACCAAUUCGAGGCUAAACGGGCCAAGAACAAGGCAAGCAGGGAAAGAAAAUUUGCGAGGAGAGAGGAACGUUUGGCUCAGGGACCUGUGGAGCGAGCCCCACCAGCAUCUGUACCUCAAGCAACUGAGGGAGGAGCCAAGAAAACCAAGAAGUGAGAAAUCAAGUUGAAGGAGGAUAAAUGACUGUUGAAGACUGUAUUUUUGGGUAUCCAGGAAUGGCUCUCAUCCGUAAAAGUUGGUUUUUGGUGCACUUAUUAUCAAAUUUCCCCCCUUUUCCACCCUGUUCUGUUGUUUGUUCAUCUAUAUCUUAUGUUCCAGAGAAGAUAAAACAAUUU